AUGUCCUCCGCCAUUGCCGCGCCGCACCCGUCGCUGCGCACCUUUUCGCGCCCCUUUUCGCGCUUCGGCCUCGUGCCCAUCGGCGGCCGCAGCACCGCCGCGCGCCUGAGCGACGGCGGCGUCUGGGUGCUCGCCAGCACGCCGCUCGACGAGGGCACCAAGAAGGAGCUCGAGGGGCUCGGCGAGGUCAAGUACAUCGUCGCCGCCGACGCCGUGCACCACCUCUACGUCUCCGACUUUGCCAAGGCCUACCCGACCGCCAAGGUGAUCGGCGUCGAGGGCCUGGAGGCGAAGCGCCCCGAGGUCAAGUGGGACGGCAUCUACGGCCGUGACCCGCCCGACACCAAGUACGGCUUCGAGGCCGACGUCUCGGCACGCUACUUCUCCACGUUCGCCAACAAGGACGUCGCGUUCUGCCACCACGAGAGCAAGACGCUCAUCACGGCCGACCUGCUCUUCAACCUGCCGCCCACGGAGCAGUACAAGUCGACGCCUGCUGGCCGCCCGACGUCCUGGAUCCCCUUUGCGGGCACGUUCGCCAAGCACAUGACGCCCGCGUCGGGCCUGCACCAGCGCUUCCUCUGGAUGGCCGGUGCUGCUGCGGGCGAGGGCAGCGCAGCGGAGCGGCGCAAGACGUUUGCGCAGGACGCAGCUGCCGUUGCCGGCUGGGACUUUGAGCGCAUCAUCAUGUGCCACGGCGACCUCAUCGAGGGCAAGGACAAGGCUCGCAAGGCGUGGAUUGACGUCUGUGCUCGAUACCUCGAUGCCGACGGCAAGCCGAAGGUCUAGACGCAUCCACUCCCAUCCGGCCCGGCUGGCCACGAGCCGCUCUCGGCAUUGUCCGCCGCGGCCGCUGGCAAAGCUGCCCGCUAGCACGCUUCGAUGCGCUUCCUCCGCCACGUCACUCGUCUGGCCGUGUCACGCUCUUUCCGCUAAUGAGAUCCCCUGCGUUGUCGCACGCCCCACAUCAUCUGCUUGGUCCACGACUGCAGGCGGGCGCGAGAAGAGGAGCCGUGGCCCCGUGCACCCUCAUUGUCCACUUCACUGCGCUCGCACUGCCACACGCGACGCGCAGAGAGUCGCUGUCAUUACGUCGUCACCCACUCGUCUCGCUCAGGCCUUCUUGGCGCGCUUCUUGGCCGGCUUCUUGUCGGCCAUGUCGUCGCUGCCGCUCUCGGCGCCGCCCUCGUCGCUCGACGCCUCGCUCGGCGAGCCGCCGUCGCUGCUCGACGCCGCAAAGUCCUCGUCCU